GCGCUGAUUGGGAUACUGGCCGAGCCAUCCGAGUUCCAGACAGGCCCAAUGGGAGCCGAGAUGCUGAACAUGCGGCAAUGAAGCAGGUGAUCUCGGCCUUGCGAAACCGCUCUUCUGUGCUAAAUAUAUAGUCGGGCACGCAACACACACCGUCUUCUAGCAACUCGCGCGGCCACAGAUUACACUGUCGUUAUUACUAAACUCAACUCCAUCACGGACUCGUCAUGCUACGAGUUCAGUGCAGCAUCGAGAAGGUGGUGACUGUACGCAGUGACAGUCAUCCUUCCACCCCCUACUUCACCUGAUUUCUAUAGAUAUACGAGAGCGCCGCCUGUCAUUGAUUUGCAUACUUGCGCGCAUGGUCGAUUGGCCCUGUUCUUAAUGCGCUUCCUUACCUUAGAAGAGUGCUCGGAUAGCGAGUUGCACUGCGUAUAUCACGACGCUGAAAGGACGAUCACAGUUCUACAUCCUCGCACUGCUUGCUCGCUGCAAGUCUAUGCUCCCGAGGAAGACUCACACGCGCCAUUUCUGACUUUCCACACGCGUAGGCCGAAUAGCAUUCACUCGUGGUGGCUGCAGCUCCUAGACAUUGCCGGGAGCCAGCUGCUCGGUCUCGCCGCCGGAGCGGAGCGGGACGUGGGCGAAGAUGCUAAUCGUGCGCAGGCUGAGCGGCUGCAGGUUGAUAGGGAUGUGCUGAGGUGGCAUCUCAUGAACGUGCGUUCGAUUAUCCCUGCCCGUGAAGUGCUCGAUGAAGAAGAGCACCUCCAGACCAUCCAACCCCUACCCUCCCCCUGGUCCUGGCCGCGCAACACGUUCUACCGCGAAGCCCGUCGUGGCUACGCGAACCAUCUGACCGAGGCGCUUAUCGAAGAACUGGUCACCCACGGCCUGCUUCUCGCCAACGAGACGGGCAUACGGUGGAAGCAUCUCGACCAGUACGUCUUGGUGAAAAUCGAGGAGCCCGUGUUCAACCGUGCCAACCGCUCGAGGUUUGAGAGGCUUGACACGCGCGCUUUUCGGCGGGCGAGAAUUGGCCGGCCGGGCAUUAAUGGCGAGCCGAACGAGGUCGAUGAGCGGCCUGGACCGCCUAUUGUGGAGGCUGGCAGUCCGCUGGUGAGUCCCGGGGAGAAGAAGGUCAGACUGUGCUCUAAGAAGGCUUAUGUCUGUAUUGAUGGUGACCAAGCUGUAGUCAAAGAGGAGGAUAUUGAGGAUAAUGAGGGGAAGACUGUGGGAAAGGCGAGGAAAUUGCGAUGCGGAAGGUGAGGUCGAAGAUUCGGUAGGACUCUGAU